AUGGCAUCAACUGAGGGCUCGGAGCCACAAGUCUCCGCGUCAAUGCUGGCUGCAAAGAGUCCGUCCGCGAAAAGUUCAUCGCCACCAGCGGCAGCAGGCUCACCUGCUGGCAACGCAAAUGAGACCGAGGCAGGCCCAAUCGUCGUUGACCCGGCUUUCGAGCAUGAGGAUUUGACUGAAGCCGAGACAGAGAGCAUUCACACGUCCUCAACGGCUUCGCUGACCGAAAGCAUCACGGAGUAUCGACGCAUCCUUGGGCGCACCUACACGCAAAAGGUUGACUACUGGGGGCCAAAUGACGAGAAGCAGAAUGAAGGACUCGAUCUUGCCCAUUAUUGGGAAUGCGUCUUCUUUGACGAUAAGCUGUUCUUGGCGCCUAUAGGAGACAGCCCCCAUAAAGUUCUCGACAUUGGUACCGGAACGGGUAUCUGGGCUAUUGAUUUUGCCGACGAAUUCCCAUCGGCAGAAGUUAUCGGUGUUGACAUUUCACCCAUUCAACCGAGUUGGGUUCCACCCAACUGCAAAUUUCAAAUCGACGACAUUGAGGCGGACUGGACGUGGCCUACUGAGUUCUUCGAUUACGUUCACAUCCGACAUCUGGAAGGAUGUGUCUCUGAUUGGCCGAAGCUCUAUUCUCAGGCAUUCGAGCACCUCAUACCUGGCGGUUAUAUUGAGGUGAACGAACUAGAUCUUGAAGACUACUCUCAAGCACUCGGCGACAAUUUGCCCCGGGAUCAUGUUUACAGAAGGUGGGCGAAAAUCAUGUUCGAGUCAAUGGACAGGCUCGGCAAAACUGGGAAACAGACUCGGGAUCAUGGCAUUGCGAACGGCAUGAGAAAUGCUGGAUUCGUGGAUAUCGUGGAGAAAAGCUGGCCGAUUCCUAUCGGAGGAUGGGCUUCGGAUCCCAAGCUGAAAGAAGUCGGGGCUGUCAACCUGCAGUACAUCGACCAGUCUUUGGAAGGAUUUGGAACUUUCCUUUUGAGACAAAUGAUGGGAUGGGAGGAUGUAGAGAUUCUUGUUUUCAUGAGCGAGAUGCGCAAGGCCCUGAGGGACCUCAAACUUCAGACGUACUUUACAUUGCACGUUGUCUACGGACGUAAGCCAGAAGAGUCCGAUGAGCAAACAUCGACUGCACCAGCUGCAGCUGUAGCCUGA